ACAACAUUCCUCAUAAAUAAGUAGGAGGAGUCAUCUAAUGUUGAUCACCUGUCCUACCAAGGUACAAAUCUCUUAAAAGGCAAUUUUUGCCUCUGCCUGUAAAGAAUCUCACAGCUAGAGAAAGGUGAAAAUGACUUCCAGUAGGAAAGCAUUAACUGAAAAGUUGGACAGGAUCAUGGCUCUUGCCCAGAACAUGCCACCAGAGGAGAAUGUGUUUUCUUACAAAGGGGUAUUGUACCCUGUUUUAUUGUGCAGCCCAGAGACUUUUGUAGCGCUUGAGUCCUUUGAAGCCAGGAGUGAUGAUGUGUUAUCAGCAGGAUAUCCAAAAAGUGGUAAUAAUUGGAUUCUCCAAAUCUUGAAUGACUUGGUUACAGCAGAUCUAAAGAAAAAUAAAGAAGCACUGGAAGAGAGAGUAAAACAUGAAGAAAAAGGAGACUAUACAUUUCUUGAAUUUGGAGAUCCAGGAAAAUUUGAGAAAAUAGAGAAGUUACCUUUUAGAAGAGUUUUGGCAACCCAUCUUCUUCCUGGAUGUCUACCAACAUCUAUUUUCAAGAAUAAUGCCAAGAUAUUGAUGCUGACUAGAAAUCCAAAGGAUGUGGCUGUAUCUUAUUUUCACUUUAGUAAUGGAAUGCCUCUGCUUCCUUCUUUUAAAACCCGGGAUGAGUUCUUCAGUGCUUUUAUGUGUGGAGAAGUGGUCUGGGGCUCCUAUUUCGACUACAUGAUUGAAUGGAACAAACAUAUCAACAAUAAAAAUAUUAUGUGUACCACUUAUGAAGAACUAAAAGAGAAUUUGAUUUUAGGAGUGACAAAAAUCACUGAAUUCUUCAAGUUCUCCUUGACAGAGGAAGAACUACAGGCAGUUAUAGACAGGAGCAGCUUCCAGGCUAUGAAAGAGAAUUCCCAUAGCACCCAUGGUACCUUUGGAAAUAUUCUCUUCCGCAAAGGUGCUAUUAGUGACUGGAAGACCCUUUUUACUGAAGCUCAAAACCAAGAGAUGGAGAGAAAAUUUGAAGAGUGUUUAGCAGAAACAAAACUGGGAGUCAAGAUAAAGUACAAGGAGUACAGCAAAGCAUGAAGAUAAAAGCAUAAUUUCUGACAGAAGUUUCCCACAGGAUGAGCUGAUUCUGCAGAAAUCAAGACAAAUUCUGUAGUACUUGAUUCCAGCUUCACUACCUGAAGGUUUUAAGAAUCUAAUUUUCUUUUGAGAGAGAGAAUUUUUUACCAGCUGUGAAUUUUAUGAUGAUUUAGUUUAAUUUUUUCUCUUUAAACAAUGACAUUGUAAUGAUCACUUUUAGUACCACAAAGCUGCUAAAGUGCAUGAUUUGGGGAUAAAAACAACUUGUAUCACCUUGCACCAUAGAUUUUUAGUGACACUGCUCAUACAUAGUAAAGAGUGGGCAACAUUUGCUAAAGAAAUGCCUUUCAUGUGGCUACAUCAAUAGUAAAUAAUUUUUAUGGCUGCAGGCUGGAUUGACCCAGUUUGGUCAGAGGUGUGCCUGCAGGUGGAUGGGAAGGUACUAGGGGACUCAGCCACUGCUGCCUCUUUUCCCUGUGACUGGCAGGGGAAACAUGGGCAGCUACCACUUUUCUCUGCUCCACUAUGGGGAACAUGUCCACCACCACUGCUUUUCCUCUGUGCCCACUACUGCUUCUUCUCCCUGUGCCUGCUGCUGCUGCUUCCCUCACUAUCAGCAUAGGGAAAGUGACCACUGCCAGCACAGGAAGGGUGCCCGCCACUGCUACUUUUCCUUGCACCUGCUGCCGCUGUUUUUCUCUGUGCCAGGAUAGUGAAAGCGAGUGCUGUUGAAGACCUCGCUGCUCAAUGUCACUAUAGCCCCACACCCACAAAACAAAUCAAUAGGCUGUAUAGGCCAGAUUUGGCCUGCAGACCAUAGGCUGCCAAUCCCUGGCAACAUAAUUUUGAAAGACAAUGUCCAAAAGUGUUGCAACAUUACACUCUCACAGCUGUCAUUCAGGAAUGGCAACAACCAAGCUAUUGAAAUAAAAAAAUUCCUUUUGCAUGGUAAGAAUUUGAGUCAGUGUCAUUUUACUCUCAGCUGAACUGUGAACCUAGAGUCCAUCCUCUGUAAAGGGCAGCAUAUAACUGUGCCAAGGAUAGCACUAAGGUGACUCACCCUGCUUCAUCCUUUCUCCAGAAAGGGAAGUUAGCUCUGCUAGCUCUUUUACUUUCUUAUUCUGAGUCAGCUUCAAAGUGUUGGCUGGUGUCUUCUGAAGACAGCACAAAGAGUUGAGCCCACGCCGUACUCCUGCCCACCUGCAUGUGAAGGAAGGGCAAUAGUAGGCCAGUGGCUGCUUUUUCCUAUACAGCACCUCUGGUAAUGCCAGAAACUUAUGAAGAGAUGUGAGGGGACUCCUCGUAUCCCCUUACUUCCAUGUAUGGCUUGCAAUGAACCAGAAUUUACGCUGUUUGUACAGUGCCCAGCCCAGUAAGGCUUGGGCUAGGUCACAGUCUCUUGACACUACUAUAGGAGUAAUACUGAGUAAGAAAAGCAAGAAUUUCCUUAUAAUGAAAAGAUUAUAUUUUCUCUUUCUUCUUAUUUAAAUAUGACAGGAUGAUGUUUGUUCUGUCUUUCUAAAAUAAAUUUGCCUUUGGCCACAGACAAGGUGAAUGUUUGUGGAAGUCAUGAGUGAUUGAAAAGUUGAAAUAAGAACACAAACACAAUGUUAUCUGUAAUUCUAGCCAGCUAUCUGAUUUUUUUCCUCUUCUUAUUCCGUAUUAGUCCUAAAGAAGUGUCAGGAGACUGUGACUUAGUCCAAGCCCUUCUGGGCUGGGUGCUGUACAAACAGUGUAAAUCCUGGUGUAACAUAAAACCAUAUACACAAAGCCCAAUAUAUACACAUCUAGGUGAGGCACAACAUCUGAUUUAAGUCUUAGUCCCAGCUAAGAAAACAGAACAUUGAACUGAAAUCCAAAGCAUAAUACCCUAUAUUUCGUAAGUUAAGGAGCUUAAUGUAGAAAUGUAACCAUCAUUGCAUAACAUUUACAUGGCUGGGUUCAAGGUACGGUUUUGUUCAAAUAUUUCAUGUCAGCUGCAAGAAAAGUGCACAGUAUUUUUUCUCCGAACUACAAUUAUCAGGCAGGGAUAAGGUCAAGCUCUUAUCUCAUGGUGUUUGGUGGCUGUGGCCUGUAUCUGCUGAUACAUAUGACUACUUUCAUAUCUAAUAGGAGAAUUCUUUGUCUAAAGGCAGCAGACUAGUCCUUCCUGGAAAUAUAAGGGGCUAUUUGCAGCAUUUAUUCACCCAGAAGGAUUUUAUUCCUAGGCAUGCAAGGUGACAAGAGGGAGAGCAAGAGCACUCCUGUCUCUGGCCAUCAAUAGAUGAGUGCCCAAGUCACUUUCCUGGGAGGCCUGAGAACACAGGUCCCAAGCUCCACAUUCUCAGAGGGGCUUUGAUCCUGGGUUUUUGGCUGUCUAUCAUCACAGUUCUGUAAGCAUCA